AUGGCGUCCACGACGCAGAAUAUUGAAACCUCCGCAAUAGAGCAGCUAGCGUCUCCGCCGAAGAUAUCCCUACAGAUACUUGGGACGCAUACGACGAACGAACAGGCCGAAGUCAUCGAUUUUGAUAUUCGUAUUGAUUGCUCGAAGGAAGCGAAAAUCAAUUCUGGAGAAUUCUUGACGAGCAACGAAAGUGACCUUCGCUCUUGGGAUCAGUCCGUUGAAUCCAGUGAUAGUUUCCCGACAACAUCUUAUCGCUGGCUUACCGAUUGGCUUAGUGAUAACGACAGCAGAAGAAGGUACACUGGAAUCCGUAAACUAGUCUGUGUUCCUGAUGACCUUUCCGCUGCUAUAAAAGCCCACGCGGAGGGCCUCGCACGCCAAAUUGCGUAUGGUGGAUCUAUCAAAGCUGAAAUCCACACUCCACCCCUCGAGUCGGAUGUCUUGCCUCAGGAGUACACCGCGGUGGUUCGAGCGGAAUGGAGCCUUGGUAGUCCAUUCAUCGCCGCGGAGCAAUCCUGGAAUAUGAUGGUAAUGAAUGCAAUGGUCAACCGCAAAAAAGGCAUGAUCUCUGUCAAUGACCGACAAACCUCACAUGGAAGGUCGCCGUUCCGCAGGGCCCAUGAGAAUUAA